AUGUCAUCUCAAGGCAUCCGCAUCGCCAUCGACAGAGGCGGCACCUUCACAGACGCCUGGGCCGAAAUCCCCGGCCGAGACGAACAUCUCGUCUUCAAAAUCCUCUCCGUCUGUCCAGACGAAUACGCCGACGCCCCCACAGAAUGUAUCCGUCAAAUUCUAGAAAAUGCUCUAGAAAAGACAAUACCCAAGGGUUCAUUACUUGACUUAGACCCCAUCGAGUCUAUUCGCAUGGGAACUACAGUCGCUACAAACGCUCUCCUUGAAAGAAAGGGUGAUCGCGUAGCGUUCCUUGCGACGAAGGGCUUUAGGGAUAUUCUUCUUAUCGGAAAUCAGACUAGACCAGACUUGUUUGAUCUUUCGGUUAGAAGGCUUGAGCAACUUUAUGAGACUGUUGUUGAGGUUGAUGAGCGUGUUACUAUUGAGGGUGCUAGUGAGGCGCCUAGCAAUGGGGAGAUUGACGUUGAGUCUGAUGACGCGCUUGUUGUUGGUCAGACGGGCGAGGUUGUUAGGAUCAUGAAGAAGCCUGAUCUUGACGCUGUGCGUGUUGAUCUUGAGAGACUCAAAGAGCAAGGCUUUAAGAAUAUUGCUAUUGGUCUCAUGCACUCUUACACAUACCCCGAGCAUGAACUACAAGUCACGAAACUCGCUGAAGAAAUGGGCUUCAAAGUUUCUGCUUCUUCAGUUCUCCAAUCAAUGGCCAAGUAUGUGCCUCGAAGUCAAUCGGCUGUCGCAGAUGCAUACCUUACACCAAUGACAAUGGCAUACCUUGAUGGCUUCAGAAAGAACUUCAAGGGUCAAUUAGAAGAUGAGAGUGCUAACAAGCUUCUCAUCUGUCAAUCUGACGGUGGUCUCACAAGUUGGUCCAAGUUCACUGGUCUACGAGGUGUUCUCAGUGGUCCUGCAGGAGGUGUCGUCGGUCUGGCGAGGACUUGCUACGAUGAUGCUGACGGCACACCUGUUCUGGGUUUCGACAUGGGCGGUACAAGCACAGAUGUCGCUAGAUACUCUGGUGCAUUGGAGCAUAUCUUCGAAAGCACCAUCGCAGAAGUCACCAUUCAAACUCCCCAACUCGACAUCAACACCGUCGCAGCAGGCGGUGGUUCAAUCCUAGCCUGGGAGAACGGUCUUCUCAAGGUCGGACCAAGCAGCGCUGGCGCAAAUCCCGGUCCUGCAUGUUAUGGUCGCGGAGGUCCCUUGACCGUCACAGACGCCAACUUUCUCCUCGGUCGCAUCAUUCCCGAUUUCUUCCCCCGACGCUUAGAUCGGGAGGUUGUUAGGGAGAAAUUCGCUGCUUUGACGGAGACUGUGAAUAAGGAGAAAGAUGGUGGUGAACCCUUUACACCGGAGACUUUGGCGCUGGGUUUCCUUGCGAUUGCGAAUGCGACUAUGACACGACCUAUUCGAACGUUGAGCGAAGGUCGUGGAUACGGUGCUUCGAGUCACAACCUUGGAUCAUUCGGUGGUGCAGGUGGUCAGCAUGCUGUUUUUAUCGCUCGCGAUUUGGGUAUCAAGCGUGCUAUCAUUCCUUGCUACUCUAGUAUUCUUUCUGCUUAUGGUAUGGCUCUUGCGGAUGUUGUGGUAGAGAACCAAGAACCCUCCGCCAUCACAUUCUCCGAACAAGUCGUUCCCGAGAUCAAGGCCCGCUUGGAGUCCCUGUCUGCUAAGGGCUCUCAAGGUCUUGUAGCCCAGGGCUUCGACGCUGCGUCUACCGAGCACGAGUACUUCCUCAACAUGCGCUACCAAGGAAGCGAUACCUCCCUCAUGAUCUCUGUCUCAGAUAACGUCAGUGACGCAGGCGUCGCUUUCACGCAGCGACACACCCAAGAAUUUGGCUUCUCCCAAUCGAGGAAUAUUCUCAUCGAUGACGUCCGCGUUCGAAGUGUCGGCAAGUCUCGUGUUCUCAACAUCUCCAGUCCCUUCGAGGAACUGAAGAAGUACAAGUCCGACGGUCUUACUCCUGUUCCUACACCUAUCUUCUCCCGCAAGAUCUUCUUCGAGAACCAUGGCUGGACGGAAACUCCUGUUUAUGAACUCAAGUCUAUGAGUCCCGGUGUUCACAUCACUGGUCCUGCUAUGAUCAUCGAUAAGACGCAGACUAUUGUGGUAGACCAUCUUAGCAAGGGUGUUAUUCUGCCUGAGCAUGUCAUUCUUGAAGUUGACAAGGCUGAGAAGCAGAAUGUUGCGACAGAAACUGUUGAUCCUGUUACGCUUAGUGUCUUUGGUCAUCGCUUCAUGACUGUCGCUGAGCAGAUGGGUCACACGAUGGAAAAGACCUCCAUUUCUGUCAACAUCAAGGAACGACUCGAUUACUCCUGCGCCAUCUUCUCCGCUGACGGUGGCCUCGUCGCCAACGCUCCCCACGUACCAAGCCACUUGGGUUCUAUGAGCACAGCAAUCGCCUACCAAGCCCAACGCUACAAGGCUGGUGAAUUGAAGCCCGGCGAUGUAAUCAUCAGCAACCACCCCCAAGCAGGCGGCACCCAUCUUCCCGACAUCACCACCAUCACUCCUGUCUUCGACGAUGAAGAGAAUCCCAAGGAAAUCAUCUUCUUCGUGGCCAACCGCGGUCAUCACGCUGAUAUUGGCGGUAUCGUUCCUGGUUCUAUGCCUCCCAACUCCACAGAGCUGUGGCAAGAAGGCGCGGCUAUUGAAUCGUUCAAGAUGAUCGACCAAGGUGUUUUCGACGAAGCAGGUCUUAUCAAGCAUCUCUACGAUGAACCUGCUUCAUUCCCUGGAUGCAGCGGUACACGAACUCUUACUGAGAAUAUCGCUGAUCUCAAGGCUGCGGUGGCAUCGAACCAGAAGGGUAUUGAGUUGAUCAGAUCGUUGAUCAAGGAGUUUACAUGGCCUGUUGUGCAGCUUUACAUGCAUGCUAUCCAAGAUAAUGCCGCGCAAUCUGUGCGUGAUUUGUUGAAGCAAUUCGCUGCCAAGUAUGAAGGUGGCGUGCUUGAAGCGACGGAGUAUAACGAUGAUGGUAUUCCGUUCAAGUUGAAGGUUACGAUUGACAAGGAGACUGGCGAGGCGGUGUUUGACUUUACGGGGACUGGACCUGAGCAUUCUGGUAAUUUGAAUGCCCCUCCUACUUGUUCAUACUCUGUCAUCAUGUACUGUCUCCGAUCAAUGAUCAGCACCGACAUCCCCCUCAACCAAGGCUGUCUCAAACCAAUCAAGGUCAUCUGCCCAGACAACACCAUCCUCUCUCCCUCACCCACAGCCGCAACCGUAGGCUGCACAACCGAGACUUCCCAAAAGGUCGCCGAUCUUGUCCUCCGCGCCUUCAACGCUGCGGCUGCAUCUCAAGGAACUAUGAACAACCUCAGUUUCGGCUGCGGUGGUACAGAUCCUGUUACUGGCGAAGUCACAAAGGGUUUUGGCUACUAUGAGACUAUUUGUGGAGGAGCAGGUGCUGGAUUGGGUUGGAAUGGCGCGAGUGCUGUGCAUACGCAUAUGACGAACACUCGAAUCACAGAUCCUGAGAUUCUGGAGAAGCGAUAUCCCGUUAUUCUGCACGAAUUCAGCAUCCGUGAGAAUUCGGGCGGUGCAGGAAAAUGGCGCGGAGGAAAUGGGUGCAUACGCGAAAUGGAAUUCCGCAUGCCGCUCCAAGUCUCCGUCCUAACCGACCGCCGCGUAACAGCACCAUACGGACUCGAAGGUGGCGAGGAGGGACAGCGCGGAGUGAAUAUUUGGGUGAGGAAGGAUCCUGUUACCGGAGCUACGAGACAAGUUUCGCUAGGACCAAGAAAGACGUCGCAUUUUGGAGUGGGUGAUCGGGUUAUUAUUAUGACGCCUGGUGGUGGAGGUUAUGGACGUGUUGGGGAUGAGGAUGUUGGUGUUGGUGUUAAGGAGAGGGAUGGGAGGUCAUUUUUGACGAAUGGGAGUUUGGGGGUUAGACAUAGUAUCGCUACUGGGAAUUAG